CUAGCUGGCAUUCUAAUGAUGUGUUUUUUUUUUUGUUUUUUUUUUCAGGCUGACCAACUAACAGAAGAGCAAAUUGCUGAGUUCAAGGAGGCCUUUUCGCUCUUUGAUAAGGAUGGAGAUGGCACCAUCACCACUAAAGAGCUGGGCACAGUGAUGCGCUCUCUGGGCCAGAACCCUACAGAGGCAGAGCUGCAGGACAUGAUCAACGAAGUGGAUGCCGAUGGAAAUGGAACGAUAGACUUCCCUGAGUUUCUAACCAUGAUGGCCAGAAAGAUGAAGGACACAGACAGCGAGGAGGAGAUCAGAGAAGCAUUCCGUGUCUUUGACAAGGAUGGAAAUGGAUACAUCAGUGCUGCUGAGCUGCGCCAUGUGAUGACGAACCUUGGAGAGAAACUAACUGAUGAGGAAGUGGAUGAGAUGAUCAGAGAAGCAGAUAUUGAUGGAGAUGGACAAGUCAACUAUGAAGAGUUCGUACAAAUGAUGACGGCGAAGUGAUGGCCUUGUACAGAUUUCUAUAUAAAUUUGCCUUUUUUCUUUGUGUAAUUUAUCUGUAAAAUCUUAAUAGCCCCCCAUUCGUCCCUGCCCCCUCUGCUGUCCAAAGGAACUGCAUGUAAACUGCAUAAGCUCAUGUCCCCAUGUCCCUUUCUUUUGCUGUCAUGGUGUUUUGGAGUGACGGAAUGGCCAUACAACCAGGAGCCCGUGGAGGCCUCUGGGAGCCGGAGAUCUUCGGCCCCUCCUUACCUGGCAACGUAGGAGACCUAUCACCUGGUUGUCACUUGGCAACACUGUUGGCAUGGAAGCAAUGUAGCGGAGUUAAAACUCUGCAUGGACUAUGGACAAAGUACAUGAAAUCUCUCAGCAUUGCACUACUGCAAAAUUAUGACACGGGUGUAUCUCCUUGGUACUCGUACAAACUCUUUUGUAUCUGCUGUUCUUUAUUGGAAAAUGACUAAUCUUAACAUGCUUUUUAAUGUUUUACUCACUACUUUUACUUUCCUCUUUUCUUUCUUUCUUUUUUUUUCUUUUUGUAUGACCUCUGGUCAUGCCUAAAACAAUCCAUUCCAAGUUGUAUAUUUUGUUUUCCAAUAAAAUUUACAAUCUACCCAUA